CCAAAAUGUUCAAAAACACCGUUUCACCAAGAAUCACAGAUUUUAUGACUCAAAAUUCAACAACCAUUUCACAGGCACUGUUAAGACGAAAAUUGCUUCACACAAGGGUCCUACCAACUUCUCUGUCCAUAGGAAUGACGUCGGUGGAAGGAUAAUCAGCUGAUUCUGAGCGAUGAAAUUAACCAAAAUAACACGGUUUUAUCAGUGAAAAGACGGUUAACAUCUACCGACAAUUGAGGAUAUUCUGGUCUGACAUUGUUGACAUGCUUUGUUUGGACCAUAAUCAUGGACAAGAUUUUGGAGGGCCUUGUGAGCUCCGAUCACUCUGUUCCAGUGAAGAGGGCCAUUGUGAAGAAAGUAGUGGAAGCAGCAGAGAAAGCGGUGACAGAGGAGCAGUGUCAGGCAUUGUUUACUCUCACCACCCGCCUCAUCUUGCUUGGUGAAGAUGCCUUUCAGAGACAGAUCGGCUUCCAGGUUUUGGAAGCCUACGCACGUUACCACCGCCCAGAGUUUGAGCAUUUCUUCAGUAAAGACUUUGUCCUCAGUCUUCUCCAGCAGGGCUAUGGCCCGCUGGACCGCAAAGACCCAGCCAUAAUAGACUACAUUCACUGCUGCCUGCGGCUGCUCAUCAGCUGUCCCUCGGUGCUCGAGACCUUCAGCGUGAUUCAGGUGGAGGUUUUAAGGAUGGUGUGUGAACGUCCGGAGCCUGCUCUUUGUGCCCACCUGAGCACUUUGCUGUCAGACUUUGUGCAGUGCAUCCCAAGGGAUAAGUCGGGUGUUUUGUUCUGCCAGCAGCUGGUGAGGACCAUCAGUUACUUCCACUGCUUUGUCAGCCAAGAACGGGAGCUGAGAGAGUACGUAGGUCAGGUGACUAAGGUUAGCACACUGCUGCAAAACAUCUGGAAGGCUGAUCCAGCCACACUGCUUCCGUCACUGCAAGAAGUGUUUGCCAUUAUCUCUUCCACAGACCCCUCCUUUGACCCAUCCAUUUCUCUGGCCAGUCUGGUUCAGCACAUCCCCGUCCAGAUGAUCACAGUGCUUAUCAAGAGUCUCACCACAGACCACAAUGUCAAAGAUGCAAGCAUGACUAAAGCACUCUGCAGGAUGAUUGACUGGCUUUCUUGGCCUCUGGCCCAACAUGUUGAUACCUGGGUUAUCGCUCUGCUGAAAGGACUGGCUGCAGUCCAGAAGUUCACUAUCCUCAUCGACGUCACUCUGCUUAAGAUUGAACUGGUAUUCAGUCGUCUGUGGUACCCCAUUGUGCGGCAGGGGGCGCUAGCUGUGCUCUCCCACAUGCUGCUGAGUUUCCAGCACUCUCCUGAGGCCUUCCAUUUGGUUGUUCCACAUGUGGUGCAUCUCGUCCAGUCACUGAGGACAGAUGGUCUCCACACCAGCAAAGCGUUCUUGCUGCAGUUCACUGAGCUUAUACACUGCAUGAUGUACCAGUACUCCGGCUUCCCUGACCUCUAUGACCACAUACUAGAGGCCAUCAAGGAUCUCCCAAAACCUGGAGAAGACAAGAUCAAGCUGGUGUUGAAUCAAAGUGCCUGGACGUCCCAAUCCAACUCAUUUGCCUCGGGUCCUCUGAGGCAAGUUGGGAAGUCUGAGACUGGUAAGACUGGCCUGGUCAACCUGGGGAAUACCUGCUUCAUGAACAGCAUCAUCCAGACCCUCUUCAUGGCCACAGAUUUCAGGCGGCAUGUUUUAUCAUUACAUAUAAAUGGUUCCAACACACUAAUGAAAAAGCUCCAGCUGCUCUUUGCUUUCCUUGCACACACUCAGAGGGCAGCAUAUGCUCCAAAAAACUUCUUGGAAGCGUCCCGGCCUCCCUGGUUCAAUGCCGGCUCUCAGCAGGACUGUUCGGAGUACCUCAGAUUUCUUCUAGACAGGUUACAUGAAGAGGAGAAAACACUUCAAGUCCUGGAAUCAGUUAAGCCAAAGGUUCCCCCCCCUGUUGACUCAAGCAGCAAAGACCCAACAGGUCAGACUUCUCCGGAGAAUGGUGAAGAGUCAUAUUUGACUCCAGCAGAGAACAAACCUGAGAAUGAUGGGAGGACUUUGACAGAGAGGAUGUUUGGUGGGAAGCUGAUCACAGGUAUUCGCUGUAUGCAGUGCAACUGCAUCUCUGAGAAAGCGGAGCCUUUUACAGACCUCUCUUUGGCCUUCUGUCCUUCUGCCACCUCUCAGGGCAGCUCUCAACCCGAAGGGCCCUCAGAGGAACCCAAGGUUCUCUGUCAGGGAUCUGUCAAUGGCGGCAGUGAAGUUCCUGAGCCAGGCUUGGCCAAAGCCCCAGCUAGCAAUGUCCAUUUUGUGCCAGUGACAAAUGAGCCUCCUCUCUCUGUGCCUGACCUGGUGAACUAUUUCCUGGCUCCAGAGAUCCUGGACGAAGAGAAUGCCUAUUUCUGUGAGAAGUGUAGCUCCCUCCAGCGGGCAGAGCGGACCAUGAAAGUGGUGUCAGCACCAGAAUACUUGAUCCUCACCCUGCUGCGGUUCUCAUAUGAUGCCAAAUGCCAUGUCCGGAGAAAGAUUCUGGACAAUGUCACCAUCCCGCCACUCAUGAGACUUCCAGUACAUGUCCCUUCAAUGCCUACACAAUGUUCCUCUACUACCUCUUCUCCUCUGCAAGUGGAUUCUCCUGAGAGCAGUGAGAAUCUGGCCAAGAAGCUCAAACCAUCUCAAAAAGAUGAGGAGGAAGAGGAGGAGGAGAGGAUAGAUGGAUCAGAGCAGAUAAAUGGAAGAGAAAUGGCAGUCCACUCAGUGCCAUAUGUCCUCAGCUCAGUGGUGAUGCAUUCUGGUAUGUCGUCCGAGAGUGGCCACUACUAUUCUUACGGGCGCAACAUCAAUGGCGCAGAUGGAACACAGCAUCCAGCCAACCACUUUGCCCUCAAGGAUGAUUUGGGGAAUGGCCAGGCCGAGUGUAGCCUCUCCACUUGCUCAGCUCUCUCAAUUCCACCUGAACAAGGAGACACACAACCUAAUAGUGGCCAGGAGGCAAGGGAUUGGCUGCUGUUCAAUGACAGCAGAGUGACAUUCACAUGCUUCCAAUCAGUGCAAAACAUUACAAAUCGCUUCCCCAAGGACACAGCUUAUGUGCUGAUGUACAGGAAACAGGAGCUACCAGGGCAGAACAUAAAUGGCGGACUGAUGGCAAAUGGAAUGAGAUUGAGUACUGAGCCUCCCCUGCAGAAAGAACUAUUGGAUGCUAUUAUCAAGGACAACAAGCUGUAUUUACAGGAACAGGAGCUCAACGCUCGGACCCAGGCUCUCCAGGCUCCUUCAUCCUCCUGCUCAUUCAGGCCCAACGGUUCAGACGACAAUAACCCACCAGGGAGCUGCGGCCCAUCUGGUGGAGGGGGAGGGGGAGGGGGCUUCAAUACCAUUAGUAGACUGGUCUUCUGAAAAAAUAAAUGCGGCAGGAAAUCCAGAUGAACUGGCACUAAAGGGCAUCCUGAACUGAUCAUACCAUAGAUGUGCUUAUAACCUUAUGAAAAGAGCACUGCAAUUAUUUA